CCCCAGGUUGCUUAGGAGGUGACAGACGCCGAAUCUUGGUUGUCCUGGGCUCUGGGGCCGGGCCCAAGCAGCGCAGAGGGAAAUCUUAGGAGGUCUGCACUGCGAAGGCGGCCAUGGAGAACUUUGGCACCUCCCGCCUGGACUCGUGCAGCACUGGGGGAUACCAGUUUGAGAUCGGACCCACCGACGUGCUGGAGCGCAAGGGCUCCUUGACCCUCCGCUCCCAUCACAAAAAAUACUCGAAUCCGGUGUUGGUGUAUUCCUGGCACCACAACAGAGAAGCUUACCCCAAAGAUUAUGAUAUCGAGGGUCCUGAAAAAAUUAAAAAACUGUGUAAUUCAACAUAUCGGAGAUUUGGAAUUGAUGAAUCCCAAAUUUGGAUCUCAGAAACACAUGAACAAAUGGCACGAGUUUUUUUAAACACAGAAUUGGCUCAAAUAAAAAGCAAAGCUUUAUUGAAUGAGGAAACAUUAUUGUCUGGGAUUGUUGAAAGGGACACUGGAUUGCCUCUGACAGGCUUUGGAGCUCUCUUUACUAGGCACCCACCAGAUUGGCGCAAAAUGUGUGCAUUGACAACAUAUGCUGAAAACUACACUCGACCAUAUGAUUAUCAGCCACUUGAUUACCCUUGUCAAGAUGAUUACUCAAUAGUCCACAGAAAAUGCUGUUCUCAGUUCACAGAUCUAAAUGGUUCCAAAAGAUAUGGCAUCAACACUUGGCAUGACGAGAGUGGGAUUUACGCUAAUGCAGAUGUCAAACGAAAGCUCUACCCAUCAACCGGUGGUCCUAUACUCCCAUUUUCAUAAUAAUUUAUGAAAUCAGAUUCUCUAACUAAUGAAAGAAUAAUUGACUUAGCUGUUGAUUUUUUUAUCCCAAUAAAUGCGAUGAAAAUAAUACUUUAGUAGUUUUUC